AUGAAUCUUUCGAAGAUAAUUCUUAUUGCGGCGGCAGCUUGUGCCAACUCUGCGGUAGCUGAAGACUCGAAGGGUCCACGUGGCCCCGUAAUUGGUAUUGAUCUUGGUACGACUUACUCUUGUGUGGGUAUUUACAAGGAUCAGAAGGUGGAGAUCAUUCCUAAUGAUCAGGGUAACCGUAUCACGCCUUCAUACGUUGCGUGGGAUUCAAACGAUGAGCGUCUGAUUGGUGAUGGUGCUAAGAAUCAGGCUACGAUCAACCCAGAAAAAACGUUGUUCGAUGUCAAGCGACUUAUUGGUCGUAAGUACAAUGAUAAGUCCGUGCAAGCUGACAAGAAGCUCUUGCCUUAUGAGCUUGUUAACAAGGAUGGGAAGCCUUUUAUCCAGGUGGUGAUCAAGGGUGAAAAGCGUCAAUUUGCACCUGAGGAAGUUUCGGCUAUGGUUCUUUCAAAGAUGAAACAGAUUUCCGAAGGCUACAUCGGCCGUGAAGUGUUUGACGCUGUGGUGACAGUGCCUGCCUACUUUAAUGAUGCCCAACGCCAGGCCACUAAAGACGCUGGUACGAUCGCUGGUCUCACGGUUCAGCGUAUUAUUAACGAGCCUACAGCUGCUGCCAUUGCUUACGGUAUUGACAAGAAGGCGCAAGGCGAGAAAAACGUUUUAGUGUUUGAUUUGGGUGGUGGUACUUUUGAUGUUACUCUUCUGGCAAUCGAUGGCGGUGUGUUUGAGGUGCUUGCCACUAACGGUGAUACUCACUUGGGCGGUGAAGACUUUGAUCAGCGUAUAAUGCAAUACUUUAUCAAGAAGUGGAAGAAGGACAAGAACAUCGAUAUUUCUUCUGACAAGCGUGCCCUGCAGAAGUUGCGUCGUGAGGCUGAACGCGUGAAGCGUGCAUUGUCUGCCCAAGCUCAAGCCCGUCUUGAGAUUGAGUCGCUUCUCGAUGGCGAGGACUUUACCGAAUCUUUAAGUCGUGCUCGUUUUGAGAAACUCAAUGAAGAUUUGUUUAAGAAGACUCUUGGACCUGUUGAGAAAGUAAUGAAGGACGCUGACCUAAAGAAAUCGGAGGUUGACGAGAUUGUACUUGUUGGAGGAUCUACUCGUAUCCCGAAGGUGCAGCAGUUGAUCAAGGAUUACUUCAACGGCAAGGAACCAUCGCGUGGUGUAAACCCCGAUGAAGCGGUUGCGUAUGGCGCUGCCGUACAGGGCGGUAUCCUUGGGGGUGAACAGGAUGACUUGACUAAGGACGUGCUUUUGAUUGAUGUGGUGCCUCUUUCACAGGGUAUUGAAACUGUUGGUGGUGUCAUGACCAAGCUGAUCAACCGUAACACUGUCAUUCCCACCAAAAAGUCGCAAACGUUUUCAACGUACCAGGACAAUCAACCCGCUGUACUCAUUCAGGUGUUUGAAGGUGAGCGUGCUAUGACUAAGGACAACCGUCUUCUGGGCAAGUUCGAGCUCACUGGAUUGCCACCUGCUCCGCGUGGUGUUCCUCAGAUUGAGGUAACGUUCGAGAUUGAUGCCAACGGCAUUUUGCAAGUGUCUGCUGAGGACAAGGGAACAGGCAAGGCGGAGACGAUUACGAUCACUGCCGAGAAGGGACGUCUCUCCCAGGAGGAGAUCGAUCGAAUGGUCCAGGAAGCUGCCGAGUUUGCCGACGAGGACAAAAAGGUUAAGGACCGUAUCGAUGGCCGCAACGCCCUGGAGGGAUACCUAUACAGCUUGAAGAAUAAUGUUGAGGAGAAAUUAGAAGACAAGCUCAAUGAUGACGACAAGGAUACUGUCUUGAAUGCCGUACAGGACGCCAUGGACUGGCUUGAGGACAACCAGGAAGCCGACAAGGAGGACUAUGAAGCGAAACAGAAGGAAGUCGAGAAGCUUGUCAACCCCAUCAUGUCUAAAGUGUACCAAAGCGGUGACGAGCACCGCCUGGAUCGCGGAAUGCAUUAUGACAGUUUGUAG